UUUCAGCAACUUGGAGGUGGCAACCCUGGCGGGCGGGCUGGUGUGUUGUGAGCAGCGGCAGCCAUGGCGGACGUCCUCGACAUUGAGAACGCUGAGGAGUUUGAAGUAGAUGAAGAUGGCGACCGUUUGGUCAAACUUAAAGAAAGGGCCAAAAAACGAAAAGGUCGUGGAUUUGGAGGUGAUGAUCGAUCAGAUCGGCAAGAUAUUCUUUAUGAAGGAAUGGAAGUUGAUGAUGCAGAUGACGAGCCUGGACCACAAAGAUCGGUAGAGGGCUGGAUUCUUUUUGUUACGGGAGUCCAUGAAGAGGCACAAGAGGAUGAUAUUCAUGAUAGGUUCUCGGAGUAUGGGGAGAUUAAGAAUAUUCAUCUAAAUCUAGAUCGGAGAACUGGAUUCCUUAAGGGUUAUGCACUGGUAGAGUUUGAGACCUUCAAGGAAGCUCAGGCCGCUCUGGAUGGGCUUAAUGGGACACAGAUUCUAGGCCAAACAAUCACCGUAGAGUGGUGCUUUGUUAAAGGACCAAGAAAGAGCCGAAAAGAAAGGCGGCGCCGGUGAAUAUUCGUUUUGUUAUUUAUGGUCACUUCUUGAUUGUAUGAUUAAUCAUUAAGGUAUUUUUAUAAAUAUAUACCGUACUGUAAUGUCAAAUAUUUAAUUCACAGAAUUAUUAAUCUUUUUUUUAAGGUUCAGGAACAAAUUGGUUUAUUGCUAGGUAAAAUUAUAUAAUUGUACCUAUACAUUACUAUAAUUAGUAGCCAGGAAAUAUGGUAGGAAAAAAUUGUAAUUACCUACUGUCUACCUUGUCCUUUGUUAUUCAAUAAAGAUUGUCCAUUAUA